CCGGGAUGGAACAAUAAAAAAAUUGCGUGAUCGACCAAAAUCAUCAUCGUCUUCAAUUCGACGAACACGCUCCGACGAUAAUAUACGAUGUUCCGGAAAUCGGAGGCACCCUUCGCUGCGAUGGCGGCCACCCAGAAACUAGUGGAGAAACACGGUGUAUUCGAUAUGACAGGCUCUGCGUACGGAUUCGGAAAAACCAAAUGUACUAAAGAUCAUCCUUGUCCUGUCUUAGUCACUCUGUAUGCAAAGAUGGGCCUUCACCGUUACAAUUUGCUGCAGCUCCAGGGUACAAAGUUUCAGCUCAAACACGUAAAGAAGUACAUUCUCACAACGGGUUCUGCUGCUCCCUCUUAUUACAUGACUUCGGUUGCAAUUGACGACACAGCUGGUGGUGGAUCUUCUUCGCUUCAAACCUUUCAGACUCAAGUAUCUCAAGAAAGUCGCGGCCAAUUUAUUCUGACUUGCGAUAUUGCAAGAAUUCGAGGGGAAACAAGGAAUGAUAAGGAAUCGAUGAUCAUUGACAUUGACUUGCCUGAGUGGCCAGCAGAGAAUCCUUUUGAAAAAUAUUGCCUGGUGAAAUCAGAGCUGCAAGACAAUGAUGACUGGAUUCGUCUUUAUUUGGAACUUGCUGUUGCCAUAAAUGAACCUAGGCAUCAUGGUCUCUUUAACUUGGAGAUUGUGAAAGUGGCUACAGAUGUGGGUGAAGGGAUCAAUGCCAAAAAUGCAACCUUCUACAUAAGGUACAAUGACUUGUCCAAGGCUGAGGAUUCUGAUUGCAUCGCUAUAGUAAGAAGAAGCUUCGACGAGGAUACCGGAUGCUUCAUCCUUGUGGGUAAGAGGCAUCAAAGUUCACAACUUAUAUCAAAGAAGCGUAAGAAUGUUGGUGAGGACAAACUGUCUGCGGAGAAUAAAAAGAUUAAUACCGGACUUGGAAAUCAAAUCUCUUCACCUCUAGCUACCCGUGAGGAUGAUGAAGCGGCAAAUCAGAAAAUUGUCAACUAGGCUCGUCGUCCGUACUACUCAAAGCCGUUUGAAAGUUAAAUAGCUACUACUGUUAAUGCUGGAUUAAGUUAAUAAGAUUGUUAAGUAGACUGGUUUUUGUGUGGGGUUUUACAGUGUUGUGCUUGAAUAAUUUGUCAAACUUAUUAAUAUGUUGUUCUCUUCUA